AUGACGAUGACAGACGACGACGAUAGACGACGACAACUGCAUUACGACGAUAGGAGACGACAACCACACUACGAGGAAAGUGACAACGGCCGAGCACCCCGUCCCACCAAUGGUGAACACGGCCCCACCCACAACGACGACGACUCACCAACACCCUCCCGAACGGCUGCAACGGCCCACCAACUCCACGAGCAGAUUCAAUUGUGCAACGAUGUCUCAGGUGAUUGCGGCUCAAGUCAUAAUUCCGGUGUGGUUAACAAAGAAGCUGCCAUCGUUUCUAGGCGUGUUGGUGACGCCAAGGAUCGGGUUCAAAUGGAGUUUGAUGGCCGAACUGGGGAUACCAACACAUGUGCCAAAAUAAGCAUUAACUACAUAAUCAAGUUAUUUUUCCCUGAUGCGUGUCCUUCUGAUGGUGCUUAUGCGUUAGAUCGCAUGUCGACUCUCCGUUUAUGUGUUUUCGUCAUCUUGUGCUUCCUUUUGCGUGUUGGUAUAAUCCCCUCAGAAAACAAUAGUGUGCUACUGACUGUCAUGUGUGGGCGCAUUCCCGUCUCCAUUGAGCUUUGUAACGUUGAGGAGUAG